GCUGCAGGUUACCCGCUCUGAUGCGCCGAGCUGUCAGGUUCACACAGAUCACAGGAAGCACGAUGGCUGCGUUCGUCUAUGCGGGAUAAGAUGCUAAUAACGCUGUGCUACGUCUACCUCUGGGUGCGCUUUCACAAGUGCUACUCGGUGCUGAUCCGCAACAGUCUGUCUAGACUGAACAGCAGCAGCUUCAGCUUCAGCCUCUGCUCCGGCUCCAGCUCGGCCUCAACACCGUCCACGGUGCUUCCAGGUGAACUCCACGCAGCUGCGCGCAGGCGCACCAGCUCGCCCCUGCUCGAGGACAACAUCUUCCUUCAGCUAGGAGAUAAGGCCGUCUAUGUCACGGAGCCUCAGGUAUGUGAUGACCUUAGCAAAUGGACUGUUCUUUUGGGGUCCUCUCUGGUUUGUGGUCCACAAAUAGAGAAUAUUUCUUUCAUCAUAGAAGCUACAGGACACAAAGUGGGCUACCCUUCUCUGCAACCAUCCAAUAAGAAAGUGCUGCAGUGGUCUGACUACUGUCUCCCUCUGGCAUGUUGCCCUGGACAGCCGUUUAGGGCAGUGGCUCAGGCCAGUGUGGAUAACUUCAGUCGGCUUGGGAUAGCUUUCAUAGAAGAUCGCCUGCAACUGGACAAUGGACUUGUGCCUUCAAAGAUAGUCCCUGUCCUCCUGCAAGAAUCUACUCUCAGUAAGCUGCUGGAGAAGCAGUGUCCACAGAGCUCAAAGGCACUGCCAUCACUCGUUCCCUGUAGCCCUGAUCCUGAAGAGGCUGCUCCUGAGCCAUCAGCUCAUCACCUGCCAGGUGACAUCCAGCGUCUGCAGUGCCGUAAAGGCAGCUUCCUCCUCAUCCGAGAGGUAAAGAGGAGGUUAGAGGAGCGACGAGGGUCAGAGCCAGUCUGCAGUACCCAGGAUUUGGGAUCUGUUGGUGACUUGGAGGAACAUUCCUUGGGGAAUCAUCACCACAUGGAGGGUCAUGGACACCACCUGCAUCUGUCCAGCUGCCAUGAAUGUUUGGAACUGGAGAACAGCACCAUCCUCUCUGUCAAAUAUGCCUCUGCUGAGAACAUCCCAGACCUCCCUGAUGAUAGCUCAGUGGGUCUGCAAAGUGAAAACGAGUGUCUUGAUGAGCUUGAUAAUGAUGCCAAAGGGUUUUUUGGCCAGAGCGGUGGAUUUGACUGUAAUGGCAAACCACCAAAUGUUCUUGUGUACACGGGUGGUUGUCAGGAGCGUUUUCAGGCAGUUCAUCAGCUUUUAUCAAAAUGUAUAAACAUGGAAAAUAACAUAAUCUAUCCGCUCCAGCCAGAACAGGCAAUGAACGAUCCUUGGCGAAACACCAGGCUCCUGAUACUGGCAGAAGAGGAAACGCUGACUCCCCAGCUUCAGACUCGUUUUCUCACUUACCUGAGCCAAGGUGGCAAGGUCCUUGGGCUGGCCUCUUCCCUGUGCCCUGCAGGACUCUGUCUAGAAGUCAGGAAGAGCCGAUACAUGCAGGUCAGCAGGCUGAGUUUCACCAGGGAAGACAGCACAGAGCUGGAACAGAGCGUAGUGGCGAGUGGGAAGGUCUACAUCAGGGAUACUCAGGGAGGAGGGGAAGUUGAGCUCUGGGGAGAGCUGAAAGGGGAUGUCCCUCAUCAGAGGGAUAUGGUUAUUGUACGAGUAACCCAUGGAGGGGAUGACGGAGAAGCUGUCCUUUGUCAGGUCCACUUUGAGAUUGCACCUGACUCUCAGACUAUUGCGUCAGACGGCUUUGAUGAACUGAAGGUCAACCGCACCCUGCAGUAUGAAGUCUUGACAGAGAUCCUGACCUCUUUAGGCCUCAGCUGCGAUCUAAAUCAGACUCCAGACCCAAGUGAAGUACACCUGCUUGCUACCUCUCAGGAGGCCAAAGCCAGUUUCCUGAAAUGGCUGCAGACACGUGCAGAACACAACGGUGUCCUUACGUUGUCAAAGACCUCCCUCAGGAUGGUGUCCUGUUCAGAGCUUCAGGAUGUUCCUGUGCUGCCUAAAGGUGCUUUGGCUCUGGUCACUGACUCUUCAGAGACCCAGAGCUGGGCCCACUUCAGUAUGGAGACCUACAGCAAGAACCUGAAGACCAGCCUUCUCGGUCACACUGUGAUGUUUGCUGAAGUUGUCACUUCUACCAUGGAUCUAUUAGAAGGGUUGACUGUACACUUACCAAAGGAUGUGGGUUUAAUAGUAGUUGCUACUCGACAAAGCCAGGGAAGAGGGAGGGGCAGGAAUGCCUGGCUCAGCCCUCUGGGUUGUGCCAUGUUCACUCUGAGUGUCCAGGUUGAGCUGAACUCCAGGCUCGGACAGAGGAUUCCCUUCCUGCAGCAUCUGGCUGCUCUUGCAGUGGUGGAGGCUGUCUGCACGCUUCCUGGAUAUCAGGACCUGGAUAUGAGGGUGAAGUGGCCCAAUGACAUCUACUACAGUAACCUGAUGAAGCUUGGAGGAGUGCUGGUGACUUCCACAGUGAUGGGAUCCACUUUUCAUCUGCUCAUAGGCUGUGGGUUUAAUGUGACAAACAGCAACCCAACAGUGUGCAUCAAUGACCUGAUCCAGUGGUACAACUUGCAGCACAACUGUAGCCUGCAGCCGCUCAGCUGUGCCCAGCUCAUCGCUCGGACCGUCAGCUGCCUGGAAGACCUCAUCAACAACUUCCAACAAGGAGGACCAGAGUCCGUCUUGCCCACCUACUAUAAGAGAUGGCUUCACAGUGGGACCCGGGUGCGUCUCUGGAGCGAUGAAGGACCAGAAGCUCAGGUCAUGGGUCUGGACCACAACGGCUUCCUCCAGGUGCACAGCAAGGAGCAGGGUGUGGUCUCAGUGGAGCCUGAUGGAAACUCGUUUGACAUGCUGAAAAAUCUGCUUGUGAUCAAACAGCGUUAGGACCAAAUUCAUUAAACACAGAAUCAUCACUGCUUUCAACAUACAUCAUUUAGUUUGACUGAAAGUUAUUUUAUAUAAAUAAAACAGGUUAACUAGAUGUUUUUAUGUUGGUUAGGUUACUUGUUAAAGACAGAACUGAAACUGGAUACAGCAACAUAGUACAUAUAGUAAUGUCUGCAACAGUGAUCACUGGCACGCUGCUGGUUUGGGACUGCUAAAUAAUGAUAUUAUCUGAUGAUGUAUAUUUGUGUUAAAAGUAAAUCUUGUACCCUUCACUUGCAUAAUUAACCUGAUUUCGCUGUUACAUGAAAGCAGUGAUUACUGCAGCUUGGACUGUUGCUGUUUUCAGCAAAAUAAAGUUUCCACAGAAA